AUAUUUAUCUGCAGUGGUAACACCACGUGCGAUUUUGCUUCUGCUUGUCCAAUGCCUAGCGCCAGGACAAGAAAUAAAAUAACAAUUAUCCCCAAAAGAAUUGUGUAUUUGUGCCGUGCUCCUUAAAAUAAUUGAUAUCUAUCAAAAAUACAAGCAUGGCAGAAGAUUUAGAUGUGGAAGCGAUGUUGGAGGCGCCUUAUAAUAAAUCGGAUAACACUUCCUCUUCAAAGCAUCGAUCGGACAAGUAUUCUGAUAAGCACAAAGACAGAGAACGCGACGGGAGCCGAAGACGUAGCCGAUCACGAGACAGGAGAAGAUCAAAAGAUCGAGACGUACGUCGGUCUAAAGAUAGAGAUGACAGAAAAGACAAGGAUCGUGAAAGGGACAAAGACCGGAAGGAACGGGAUCGGGACCGCGACCGUGAUCGUGAUCGCGGUGGUGAGCGGGAACGUGAUCGUGAUCGUGGCGACCGCGACCGUGACCGUGGCGAUCGCGACCGGGAGCGCGAUCGCGGAGAGCGCGAGCGGGAUCGGGACAAGGAUAACAACAAAGAUAAGGAUCGAACUCAUAAUAGGGAUAAAGAUCGGGAUAAGGACAAAGAACGUGAGCGCGACAAAGAUAAACGAAGGAGUAGGGAUAAAGAACGUAGUCGGGAACGUGAUCGAAGCAGUCGCGAUCGCACCUCCAACAGCAAAAGAGAAAAGACUAUUGAAAGAGACCCCGCCAAAGAAUACCGAUCAAAGUCUAGAGGUCUCGAGCCUAAGUUAGAUGACUUGCCUCCAGAAGAAAGGGAUCUUCGCACUGUUUUUUGUAUGCAAUUGUCACAGAGGAUUCGAGCUAAAGAUCUUGAAGAAUUUUUCUCAUCAGUAGGCAAAGUGAGGGAUGUAAGGUUAAUCACUUGCAACAAAACCAGAAGAUUUAAAGGCAUAGCUUAUAUCGAAUUCAAGGACGCAGAAUCAGUACCUUUGGCCCUUGGUUUGACUGGACAAAAAUUGCUUGGAGUUCCUAUCAUAGUGCAACAUACACAAGCAGAAAAGAACAGGGUAGGCAAUACAUUGCCGAAUUUAGCACCAAAGACCAGUAACGGACCGACAAGAUUAUAUGUUGGUUCAUUGCAUUUUAACAUUACAGAAGACAUGCUCCGCGGCAUAUUCGAACCUUUCGGAAAAAUUGAUCAUAUUCAACUUAUGACUGACCCUGAAACAGGCAAAAGCAAAGGUUAUGGAUUUCUUACGUUCCAUCAUGCUGCUGAUGCGAAAAAAGCUAUGGAACAAUUAAAUGGUUUUGAAUUAGCUGGACGACCUAUGAAAGUCGGUAAUGUGACGGAACGGACUGACGGCGGUUCAAGUACUAGAUUCGAUGCAGAUGAGUUGGACCGUGCUGGUAUUGACCUAGGUGCAACAGGACGCUUACAGCUAAUGUUCAAACUCGCAGAAGGCACUGGAUUACAGAUACCUCCUGCUGCAGCAUCAGUGUUGAUGGGCGCGGGUUCCGCAAUGGUAACUCCGCAACCACAAGUGGCGCCACCAAUAGCUACCCAAUGUUUUAUGCUCAAUAACAUGUUUGAUCCGGCCUCAGAAACAAAUCCAACCUGGGAUAUUGAAAUUAGGGAUGAUGUUAUCAGUGAAUGUAAUAAGCAUGGUGGCGUGUUGCAUGUGUAUGUAGACAAAGCAUCUCCACAAGGAAAUGUGUACUGUAAAUGUCCAACGAUAGCGACAGCAGUUGCUUCGGUGAACACGCUGCACGGGCGGUGGUUCGCAGGCCGUGUCAUUACAGCCGCGUACGUGCCGCUUGUCAACUACCACUCUCUAUUUCCUGAUGCUAUGACAGCACUUACCCUGUUGUUGCCGUCCCGACAACGAUAAACUACAGCAAUAAGCAUUUAUUUUAAUUUUGGUCGUGAGUGUAUACUGAUUAUAAUAUCUAGUGAUGACCUAAUUCUAUGCUAGAUAAUAAAGUUAUUAUUAUUAUAUAAAGA